GGCCAGAUAUAUAAAUACAGAACCCGCAUACAUGCAGACCCGUAUCGCUCUUUCUCUCAUCCACCUUCUCUCUCCCUCUUCAGUCACUCAUUCGCCCCUGCUGUAAGAUGGUCAAGACCAAGCUCUCGCCCAAAGCCACCCCCGCAGCUGCAUCCAAGGCGUCGACGAAGGGCGCCGCGAAGAAGGAGAACAAGGCUUCCGCUGCCGCAGACAAGAAAGUCAAGAAAGACUCUGUCGCCGCUGCCGCGUCUUCAUCUUCUGUGAAGACCGAUACAUCAUCCUCCAAGCCUGCACUCAAAGAGCAGAAGGGCAAGGCAGCGCCGCAGGAAAAGCAGAAGAAAGAGAAGAAGCCGCUAAGCGCAUACAACCUCUUCGUUCAACGCGAGUCGGCGCGCAUGAAGGAAGAAGACCCGAGUAUGACGACGAGGCAGAGGUUCGCUGCGGCCGCCACUCUCUGGGCUGACUCGCCGGAGAAUCCGAAACGCGGCCAGCCGAAGAAAGCCCGCAAGCCCAAAGCCAAUGCCAAAGCUAUUCCCGAUUCGGAUGACGCCAGUGCCCUGGCCAGCAGCGAGGCUUGAGUGGACGUUCUUCUGCUUCAUUGCUCUCACUACUUCGCACCGUCCUGCUUGUGUCUCUUCGCAUCAUAUCAUGGACUCUGGACGGAUUUCGUAUUGCUAUCGCUCGUCCUCGUCGUGCACUUUACUCUGCAAUCACCCGCAUACUGUCUGUUACUUAGUUUACUGUACCGCUCUUCAUUGUAUCCUUAUGCUCAGGCUCGAGAGGGCCUUUCAAAUUGUCGUCAUGUCAGGUCUCGGACUG